AUGCUCAUCGUGGAGGGCGUGUUCAUGUCUGGGGUAGUUAGACUUGGUGUCGGUAAUUACCCUAAACGCGAGCCACCAGAAUGCUACCACUGGGCAUACGGCGGCUGUUCCACUUCUCUAGCGAUACCGCGCAUUAUGCACACGUAUCCUGAUUUUACCCCAGCUCGUGCGUUGCGGAAGGCUUACAGCGGGAGAGACUUUUCUGGGAUCGUGGAAUUGGGCCUGGACAUGGCGGAUGGCAGGCUUUCCGAAUGUACCAGGUGUUCUAACCUGAAAGAUCUCCCCGGAUCUGACCCAGCUGCCUGA